AUGUCUCUCUUCCCACGCUUCACUCAGGAGUUCUCUCCUCUCUUCCGCCUAAUGGACGAGUAUGAACGCCAUGCGUUCCGCAAUGCUGACCAGUCCAUCCGCUCCUUCUCUCCCAAAUUUGAUGUGAAGGAGCUGAAGGAUUCCUACGAACUCCACGGAGAAUUCCCCGGCAUCGAGCAGAAGGACAUCAAUAUCGAAUGGACCGACGCCAACACCUUGACCAUUUCCGGUCGCCAUGAGACGGUUCGUGAGGAGGGCACCCGCCCACAAACCGAGAACCUGCUCGAGGGAUCCGACAAACAGACAGAGCAUUACCACAAGCCAACCGUUGAAGAGGAAGGAGCCGAAACCACCAAGACCGCCUCCGACACCGAGACACGUGUAGCCAAGAAGCCAGAGCAAGAGGUUGCGAAGACGGAUGCAAACGAACCCAAGUACUGGGUGAGCGAGCGCUCGGUCGGCGAGUUCCACCGCUCCUUUAACUUCCCGGCCCGCAUCGAUCAAGAUGCUGUCAAGGCAAGCCUCAAGAACGGCAUCCUCAGCAUCGUGGUUCCCAAGGCCCAAGCCCCCAAGCCGCGCAAGAUCAGCAUCGAGUAA